CAGCAAAGAGGGACUUAGGAGAAUAGAUCUAAAGGACACCCCGAGAAUCUAGGCCGGGCGGCACACAUCUGGGUACUCCCAACACCUAGAAGGCAGAAGCAGGAGGAUCACAAAUUUGAGGCCGGCAGGAGUUAUAAAGUGAGACUCUAUGUGAGGAAGUAAAAAUAAAAUAAAAAGAUGAUCUGAGAGAGAAGGCUGAAUCCACCGAGCCUGGGAAGGAAUGAACGCUGGCAAUGGGUGCGCCCUACAGGAGCCAGCUGAGUUAGUUACACUGGAGAGAUGACCAUUUUAAACCACAGGCUGUCCUUUUCACAGUACUGCCCCAGGCUCCCGUUCUAGCGGCUCCUAGUUGUUGGAGAUUUGCAGAUGAAUGGCGGUGUCGGGGAAGGUCCACGAGAAAACCUGCUCCCUAGAACUGUGGAAGAUGGUCCAGCUCCAGCUGCCUCCUGGGAGGGCUGCCUCUUCCCCAGGUUUCUUCGGGGCUUUGCGGUGCUCUCCUGCCCAACUUGUAUAAAGUAAAAAAGGCUAUGGAGCGCUGCCUUAGAAGGCCCGCUGCACUCACAGAGACUCUGAGCGCCUUUGAACCCAAAGUUUUAUGUUGCCCUUUUUAAAAGCCCCACCCUUGCUGUCCAUCACCCAUACAGACCAUCCAUUUCCACCUACCAUUCCCAGCGAUCUUUAGGGCACACAGAGUACCACUUUAAAGAGAUGCAGUGAGAGACGAGUUCCCUAUCCAAGAAGGUCUUCCUGCCUGGCCGGCCCUUGGCCAGCUAAUAGAAGGCAUGUGCCCAGAAGACAUUGCUUUGACUAAAGGAACAUGCAGCAAACUUAGACAUCUCUAUUAGAACAGGGGGACUCGAACAUCGCUAGCAAGAAGUCCAGCGCCACAGCUUCCAACCCGUCCGUCAAAUCCACAAUACCAGAGUCCUCAUGAAUGAAGGAGGAAGAAUAUUCUCCAGAGUCUGUGGGUGGGUUCGGAAGAAACCACGCACGCCUUGAACAGUGGAUGAGGCGACCCUGGGCUUCCUGGCCCACCCAUGUAAUUCACUGUGCUUGUGACGUCGUGGACGCCAGACUCCAGCAGGCGUGGGAUGCCCUUACCCGCCCCAGAAGUCACAGGCGUCACCGCGCCUUUCCACGCCACCAGCCAGGGGAAAGAGAAGGGGCGGGGACCUGGCAGCAACUGGGCUGCCCGACUCGCAGCCAAGAGAGGCAGGGCACCUCCCCGGCUUCGCAGCGGUGACCUCCGCGGUCCUCCAGGCCGCUCGCCCUCCGGCUGCGCCCGCCCCAGGACGCCGGCGCCGGGUCCCCACGCGACUACCUCCUGGCGUUGGCACUCCCCUCCUCCUCCUCCUCCUCGCUCGCCCCUCCUCCGCCUCUUCCGUUUCAGAAGGAAAGUCUGCAGCCUGCUUCUGGGCUCCGCAUCCCCUCUUAGCCGAGAGCCAGAGGAGCCGGAGGGCGGGGGAACCUUUAGAAAUGUCAGACAUUCUCCGGGAGCUGCUCCGUGUCUCCGAGAAGGCUGCUAACAUCGCCCGGGCGUGCCGGCAGCAGGAGGCCCUCUUCCAGCUGCUCGUGCAAGAGAAGAAAGAUGCGGAGAAGAACAAGAAGUUCGCGGCGGACUUCAAGACCCUGGCCGACGUGCUGGUGCAGGAAGUCGUAAAGCGGAACCUGGAGAAUAAGUUUCCAGGCUUGGGGAAAAAAAUUUUUGGCGAAGAAUCCAAUGAAUUUACAAAUGAUUUGGGGGAAAAGAUCACUGUGGAGCUGCGGUCCACGGAGGAGGAGACAGCAGAGCUUCUCAGCAGAGUCCUGGAUGGCAACGUGCCGGCGUCUGAAGCACUGGCGAAGGUGGUGCAUCAGGAUGUGGACCUAAGUGACCCCACUCUGGAGUCCCUGGAGAUCAGGGUCCCACAGGAAAUUCUGGGGAUUUGGGUGGACCCCAUAGAUUCCACCUAUCAGUAUAUUAAAGGUUCUCCCGAUGUGAAAUCCAACCAGGGAGUCUUCCCCAGUGGGCUUCAGUGUGUGACGAUUUUGAUUGGUGUCUAUGACAUACAGACAGGCGUGCCCCUGAUGGGAGUCAUCAACCAGCCUUUUGUGUCUCAGAAUCUAACUACUCUAAGGUGGACGGGGCAGUACUACUGGGGCCUCUCCUACAUGGGGACCAACAUCCAUUCCCCGCAGAUCGCCCUCUCUAAAGGGACCGGCGGUGAAACCCAGACUGAAAACUCAGACGGGGAGCUCUCCCGCCCCCUGUCCGCAGUCAUCAGUACCAGCGAGAACGAGACCAUCAAAGCGGCGCUGUCGCGAGUGUGCAGAGGCGGCGUCUUCCCGGCAGCCGGGGCAGGCUACAAGAGCCUCUGUGUAGUCCAAGGCCUGGUUGACAUUUACAUCUUCUCAGAGGACACCACGUUCAAGUGGGACUCCUGUGCCGCCCACGCCAUUCUGAGGGCCAUGGGUGGGGGCAUUGUAGACAUGAAAGAGUGCUUGGCGCGAAAUCCCGAACCGGGGCUGGACUUGCCACAGUUGCUGUAUCACAUGGAAAACAAAGGUGCUUCCGGAGUGGAUCUCUGGGCCAACAAGGGAGGACUGAUAGCCUAUAGGUCCAGGCAUCGGCUGGACACUUUCCUGAGCUGCCUCAUCCAAAACCUCGGACCUUUGAAGACACAGACAUAGGGCCCUGAUCUCAACUCGCCCUAAAGCUGAACGGAACCCCUUUGUGCUGUCUGUUUAAUGUUCCCUUGCCUCUUUUCAGGGACAUUUUCCCGUUAUGUGUUCAUAAUGUUAAUUUCUGUAAAUUAAUGACAUUCAUGUCACAACUAAGUUGGUAUAUGAUAUUCUUACAGGGAACCUUGUUCUGUUAAUGUUGCUUGGAACCCUUCAAUAAAAUUCCAAGGGAGGAGUGAAAUUGCCCGGCUGGAGUAGAACGGCUGAAUGGAGCCAGGCUGGAGCUUGGUUUUAUUUCUCGUCCUGGAGAAGAAAUCUGUGGUUCGGGCCUGAGGCAGGAGAUUCAGAACUGUGGAUCUGAAUAAUAGAGCCAAGUGCAUAGGCUUUUAAUAGUUUGUGUUUCUCCUUUAAAAUAAAUAAGUAAAAGCUCGAUGCGGAGGCAGGGAGGGAAUUGGAAAUCAGGAAACAAAAAGGAGAGAUAUACAGAGACUGGAGAAAGCAUGGAGAGAGAGAGAGAGAGAAAGAGAGAGAGAGAGAGAGAGAGAGGAGAGAGAGGAGAGAGAGAGAAUGUAUAUGCAGUCAAGUGAUAGCUAGCUUCCUACCAUAGGUCAAGCAGAAGAGGUGUGUGCGUGUGUGUGCGCAUGUGUGUGUGCGCGCGCGUGUGUGUGUGUGUGUAAAUGUAUAAGCAAGCGAGUGAUAGCUAACCUCCUACCAUAGGGCAAGCAGAACAGGUGUGUGUGUGCGUGCGCGUGUGUGCGUGUGUGUGUGUGUAAAUGUAUAAGCAAGCGAGUGAUAGCUAACCUCCUACCAUAGGGCAAGCAGAACAGGUGUGUGUGUGCGUGCGCGUGUGUGCGUGUGUGUGUGUGUAAAUGUAUAAGCAAGCGAGUGAUAGCUAACCUCCUACCAUAGGCCAAGCAGAAGAGGUGGCGCAAAGAGCUCCCUCUGUUUUGCAUAGCUAUUUACUCUCUACUGUAACCCCAGUGCGACCCUCUGUUUUGCCACACUAAGGACUCUUAGAGCUUUGCUGUGUCCUGCAGCCCAGGUCACCCUGGUGGUGUCCACUGGAAGGAUCAAGCCAACCUUCAGCCGGCUGCAGUCCCUCCGUCCUCUCUGGGUACUGAUGGCUGUUUCUACGUUAAUAUUACAAACCCAAGUUACUGGGAGGAAGUCAGACCUGUUUGUUCCUUCCGUUAUUCCUAAACUCGAGAAAUGAAUUGACAAAUAAUGUAUGUAUAUUUAUGUUGUACACUUGUGAUUCUUUGAAGUGCGCAUGCUACAUGGAGCUAAUAGCUCACCCUUUGUGGUGAGGAGACCGGCAAAUAUUACUAGUAAUCUUCCAGGAUAUGCCCCACUGUUAACUACAGUCACCAUGUUGGAUGAUAGAUCUCUUGAACAUUCUAACUGAAAUUUCAUCCCCUUUUUACCAAUAUCUCUUCCUAACUACCCCCCUGCCUCAGCUCUAAGUCGACGACAUCCUGAGUUUGUUUUUAGACUGCAGAGAGAAUCCAGCUCUGUAACGGCAAAGCUCAAAUCAGUCGGCCUUGCCGGACCUGUGACAAACACUGGAUGAUUCCAGAAUCCUGACUGCUGUGGUCAAUACUAUAAUAAACAUGGAGCAUACUUCAAGGAGGAACGGAAGAACAGACUCCACAAAGCUGUCCUCGGAGCUCCACGCGGGCAUGUGUGCACCCGCAUCGUGUCCACACUCUCAUACGAUAAUAAAGUUGAGACAGUUAGACCCUGUGCAGAACAGAAGCCCUGACCUCCGUUCGUUCUUCUUCCUUUCCAUUGCGAUUACACACGUGAGUCCCGGAAACUCUCUGGCGUGUUGGCACCUCCUCAUGGGAGGGGCAGAGAAGCUCAUGUGACUUCAUGGAAAUUUUAGAAAGUUCCACACGGAGGUUACGCAAAAAGAAAAUAAUGGACCGUGGCGGAAGAGGGAAGAGGAUUCUUCUGUGGCGUAGCUGCUCAGAGUUGGGGGGGGGGCGGGAUGUUUCUUUGGGGUGUGGCCUAAUUAAAGUCCAUCCCCUCCCCAGCCCUCAGCAAACACCAUCCCACUCCCUGUCUCUAUGGGCGGGGCUACUUCAGAUUACCUUAGUUAAUCGGAGUCAAAUUUUUGUGUCUAUUUUGUGAAUAGCUAAUUUCACUUAGCAUGCUAGCUUCAUUCAUGUUACAUGUAUGUCAGCAUUUCCCCCUUGUUAAGGCUGAGUGUUAUUCCAUGGCCUGUGUGUGUCCUGCCGUUUUUGUUUAUCUUUUCAUUUUUCCCCCCUAUUUCUGUCUUUGGUGGCUGUACGCAAAGCUGUUAUGAACAACAAAUUCCCAAAUAUUGGAUAAUAGUUUCGAUAUGCAGUAAUGUAUAUUUCAAUUGCAGUCAUGUAGAGACAAAUCACUAAUCACAGUUGAAGGUAUGGAUGAUUACAUAAUACUUGAUCACAGAAGCAAAAAUUAAAAUGCUAUGCUGAGCUGGGGGAAGCAGAAAUAACUUUUUCUGAAAACAAAGCUCGUGGUCAUUGAAUAUUUUGUGAGCAUUUCUGAUAAUUUAUGUACAUCUAUUCCUAGAAUUAUGCUUUUAUAGGUGGUGUCAAAUGAUCACCACUAUCAAAAAUUAUUCUAAAUAUGUCCUUAAAAUAGUAUAGUAAAGGCUGAUGGCUCAGUGGAUACAGUUCUAAAUAUGAAAAUCUGAAUUUGCGUCUCAGCACGACACAGGAGCCAGGCGUGGCAGCUUGCAUAGCCCUGACUCCAGGGCUGGAGUGAGUGAAACAAGAUAGACCAUGGAGGUUGACCAGAUAGCCUAGCCAAACACAGUUGAGCUUUAAGCUCAGUCUCCUAGUUAGCGACAUCUUCCAACUGACAGCCCAGAGUUAUCUGGGGGAGUCUCAGCUGGGGGGUUGCCUUGAUCAUAUUGGCCUGGGGAAUAUUUGUAUGGCUAUUUUCUUUUGUUUCUUUCUUUUUUGUUUUUUUCAAGACAGGGUUUCUCUGUGGCUUUGGAGCCUGUCCUAGAACUAGCUCUGUAGACUAGGCUGGCCUUGAACUCACAGAGAUCUGCCUGCCUCUGCCUCCCGAGUGCUGGGAUUAAAGGUGUGUGCCACCACUGCCCAGUGGAUAUUUUCUUAAUUGCUACUUGAUGUAAGGUGCCCCAGUCCAGUGCGGGUGGUACCAUCCCUCAACAGAUAAGCCUGAGCUAUAUAAGCCUGGCAGAUGCUAGAGAAAACAGUAGGCAGCUUUUCUUCAUGGCUUUUGCUUGAGUCCCUGCCCUGACUCCCUUCAGUAAUUUGUCUGUAACCUCUAAAAUGAAAUAAACCCAUU